GCACGGUCACACGUGGAUUUCUUUGGAACAGUUGAAUUUCCUUUCCGUUUUGUGCAAGUGAGAAAAAAUCAGUCAAGAUGGCAUUGAGCGACGCUGAUGUACAGAAACAGAUCAAACACAUGAUGGCGUUCAUUGAGCAGGAGGCCAAUGAAAAAGCCGAGGAGAUCGAUGCCAAAGCCGAGGAGGAGUUCAACAUUGAGAAAGGACGCCUCGUCCAGCAGCAGCGUCUCAAGAUCAUGGAGUACUACGAAAAGAAGGAGAAACAGGUGGAACUCCAGAAGAAAAUCCAGUCAUCCAACAUGCUCAACCAGGCUCGCUUGAAGGUACUGAAAGUGCGGGAGGAUCAUGUGAGCAAUGUCCUGGAUGAUGCCCGUAAACGUCUGGGCGAGGUCACCAAGAACGAAAGCGAAUACAAGGCCGUCGUGACCAAGCUGAUUGUCCAGGGCCUCUUCCAGGUGAUGGAGCCCAAGGUGACACUGCGUUGCCGCCAAGUCGAUGUGUCGCUGGUCCGCGACAUUCUGCCCCAAGCUGUGGAACAGUACAAGGCCCAAAUGAAACAGAAUGUCGAUCUCCACAUUGACGAGAUUAACUUCCUCUCUGCUGAUACCUGCGGUGGUGUGGAGCUGUUGGCCCUCAACGGACGCAUUAAGGUGCCAAACACGCUGGAGUCCAGAUUAGAGUUGAUUUCCCAGCAGCUUGUGCCAGAGAUCCGUAACGCCCUGUUCGGCCGCAAUGUCAACCGCAAAUUCACCGAUUAAAUUGUUAAGUGCAUGCAGAUGAAGUGAAGAAGAAAAACCAACCAAUAAUACCAGCAGGAAAAGUUCAAUUUUAAAAACUCCACUCCACCCACAGCAUAAUGAAAAAAUCAACGUAAAACCGAUCCUCAUGGAAGGCCAUGGCCAAACCUGGUGUCUGGUGUCUAUGUAGGGAUUGUAUUAUCAAUCAAUUAUAAAUUAUAUUGCCGUUGUCUCUGUAUAGUUCUGAGUGAUACUGAAACACACUCAGAACCCCCAUUCGGUCUUCAGUUAUAUGAGAUAUCCAUACGCCCACAACAUUUACAUAUAUGUAUGCCAAUAAUUACUAUAUACAUAUAUAUAUUUUAGGCAUACACAAAAUCCUAUCAGCAUACGAAAAAAAGAGCCUUGUAAUACGAGUUUGUUAAAGUUUGUUCGUUUUUUUUUUUACCUAAAUGUAUAUUUGCUGAACACAGG